UGUAGCACAUCACUGGCUAUUAUCUACGAAAGGUCGGCAGGGUCAGUUGGAAGUUUAUCCAAUAAUUUCAUUUAGAAUCGGAUACUUCCACUAAUAUCAAACCUAAAGAUGUUCUCCCGCGCCCUGAAACCCGUGGCUUCGGUCGCCGCCCAGAAUGGCGCCAAGAAUUUCUCCACAACCUCUCAAAAAAAUUUCAAAGUGGCGGUGGCUGGUGCCGCCGGGGGUAUCGGCCAGCCCCUGGCGCUCCUGCUCAAGCAGAACCCCUUGGUGACCAGGCUGGCCCUGUACGACCUGGCCCCAGUGACGCCCGGCGUUGCCGUGGACCUUUCUCACAUGGACACCCCAGCCAAGGUCACUGGCCACAAGGGGCCUGAGGAGCUCGCCGAAGCCAUUAAAGGCGCUGACCUGGUAGUCAUCCCUGCCGGAGUGCCCCGCAAGCCCGGCAUGACCCGCGAUGACCUGUUCAACACCAACGCCUCCAUCGUCCGCGACCUGGCCAAGUGUGUGGCCCAGAACUCGCCCAAAGCCAUCAUGGCCAUCAUCACCAACCCCGUCAACUCCAUGGUGCCCAUCGCUUCGGAGGUCCUCAAGAAGGCCGGUUGCUACGAUCCCAACCGCAUCCUCGGAGUCACCACCCUCGAUGUAGUCCGUGCGGCCGCCUUCAUCGGAGAGAUCAACGGCGUGGACCCCCGCUCCGUCUCCAUCCCCGUCAUCGGGGGCCACUCGGGGGUCACCAUCAUCCCUGUACUGAGCCAGAGCCAGCCAGCUGUUAAACUGACGUCCCAGGAUCAGAUUAAGGCGCUGACGGGAAGGAUCCAGGAAGCCGGUACUGAGGUGGUGAAGGCGAAGGCUGGCGGCGGCUCCGCUACUCUGUCCAUGGCGUUCGCGGGCGCACGUCUCGCCGGCGCCGUGCUGCGGGGACUCAAGGGCGAAUCGAACGUAGUGGAAUGCGCGUACAUCAAGUCCGAUAUCACCGAAUCUCCCUACUUCGCCAACCCCGUAGUUCUCGGCAAGAACGGAGUGGAGAAGAACCUUGGCUUCGGAACCCUCAACGCCUACGAGAAGGAACUCCUCAAGGCUGCCAUCCCUGAACUCCUCAAGAACAUCAAGGUUGGCGAGGAAUUCGUCAAGAACAGCAAGUAAAAGUAUUACAAGCAAUACAUAGUAUUUAUCAACUAAGGUUAACGUAAGGGAUAAGCUAACAAAGUUGUAAGAACAACUUUUACUUAGCAUCUUGCAGACGGUAGCGGCUGGUAUGUAGGUGAAUGAAUAGUGAAUUUAGAUCAAUUUUAUAGAUCCAUUUUUAACUGAAUCCUUUUUUAUAAUAGUUGCACUUUAAGCAUAAAUAGUGUAAGAGUUUAUAGUGAUUAAAUCAUGCCUAUUUUAGGAAACCUACCAACAAAGUUGUUAAUUUAUUUGCAUUUUAUUUAUUAAAUUGUUAAGUAUAUAUUGUUCAUCUGAUUUGCCAGUACCAAAGUUGCCCGGCCGGUAUAUGAUGGAUGGUUGUUGUAAAUAUUUGAUGUUAUGUUUAACACGUGAUUGUGUAUGUGGUAAUAAACUGUGUUACCUACA